AUGUCCCUCUUGUUCUUGUUUGCAGUGUACUGCUACAGGAACAGAGAACAGACGUACAUGGGGUUGCCGCUACUCUCUUCUACAUUAUGGGAUCCUUCUCAUAACUGUUUUUCCUCCGGUGUGGAGUUUAUCUGCCCACAUCUAUCUUCUAAGUCAUAUUGUCUUGGGUUGAAGUUUAAGUGCCAUCAAUUUUGCAAAGGUAGAUCAACAUUGCCAGGAGUUGUAGUUUGUGCCAGUCGAAGCCCCAAAAGCAAAGAAACUGUCUGGAGACGAAAAACUUUACCACAAAAUGAGGAUUUACCGCCAAUUUUACCGAAGAAUAAGAAAAAACCAUACCCCAUUCCCUUUGAGGAAAUAAAAAAGGCUGCAAGGGAGGACAAAAAACUUGCACACAUGGGAAUAGAGAAACCUCUUGAGCCUCCGAAGAAUGGAUUGCUUGUUCCAGACCUAGUUCCUGUUGCCUAUGAAGUAUUUGAAGCUUGGAAGCUUUUGAUUAAAGGUCUUGCCCAGCUCUUGCAUCACAUUCCUGUACAUGGCUGUAGUGAUUGCUCAGAAGUUCAUGUAGCUCAAACUGGUCACCACAUUCGGGAUUGCUCUGGUCCUAAUGCUCGGGAGCGUCGUAGUUCUCAUGCCUGGGUAAAGGGUUCCGUCAAUGAUAUUCUUGUCCCGAUUGAGUCCUAUCAUCUUUUUGACCCCUUUGGCAAGCGUAUUAAACAUGAUUCACGAUUUGAAUAUGACCGGAUUCCAGCCGUCGUUGAACUGUGCAUUCAAGCGGGUGUUGAUAUCCCAGAGUAUCCUUCACGCCGAAGAACCAAUCCCAUACGGAUGUUAGGGAAGAAAGUAAUUGACAGAGGUGGAAAUUUAGAGGAACCUAAACCAUGGCGCUUUGCAGACCCCUCUUCACUCAAUGACUUCGAUACUUACAGAGCUUUUGAACGAUUUCCUCGACCAUCAUUGUCAGAUCUACCUAAAAUUGCCCAAGAAACAAUGGUUUUAUAUCAAAUUGUGAAAAAUGGUGUCAGGAAAUUGAUGAGGAAGUACACUGUGAAAGCGUGUGGUUAUUGCACUGAGGUUCAUGUGGGACCAUGGGGCCACAAUGCUAAGCUUUGUGGUGAAUUUAAGCACCAGUGGAGGGAUGGGAAGCAUGGUUGGCAAGAUGCUACUGUGGAUGAAGUUUUCCCUCCAAAUUAUGUGUGGCAUGUGAGAGACCCUAAUGGACCUCCAUUGACAUCUGCACUGAGGAGAUAUUAUGGAAAGGCUCCGGCUGUGGUUGAAGUGUGCAUGCAAGCUGGUGCACAGAUACCAGAUGAGUACAAGCCCAUGAUGAGGCUUGACGUUAUAAUUCCGGACCCUGAGGAGUCAAGAAUGAUUUGGUGA